CUCUCUGUCUCACAGUUCUCUGCCCUCAGCUACUUUAUUCUGGGGGGUUUGUGUCAUUAACAUAAGCAAAGAGAAGUUUAGCUCUGCAGCAGGUUUCCAGUGCUGGUGCAGCCAUGGACAAGAAGCAAUGUCAAGAGGCUGGGGGAAAGUGGGACAGCCUUGUAAAAAAAUGCAUGCUCAGCAGGACAAAUGGCCGACCUGCUGGACCGCCAACAAGUGAGUUUCACUGUCAGUUUAUUUCAUCCAGGCAAAGAUUUUUCUUUGUUGUUUGAGCUAAGUCGUAUGUAGUCUGAUUUUAGUCUAAAGCUUUUUUGGACAACCUUCACUUAUACACUUAUCACUUAUUUUUGGUAUUGACUCAAAUUGCUCCUGGCUAAAUAAACCCACAGAUUCUUUUUUACCUGACUGGCCUUCAUGCAGUAUGGACCUAAAUACCUGUACAAUAAGUGCUAAGCUUAAAGCAAGGGGCCCCCACUGUAAGACAGACACCACUGUUGGAUCAAAAUCUUGACUUUAAUGCCGAUUUUGACUGAAUAUUAAAUUCACAAAGGUGUUGAGCAUAUUAAAUAUUUUUUCUAUAACUUGACUAUUAUUUCUCCCCACCUCUGUUUCCUGUGGUCCAAGUUGGAGCCACGUCCCCUACCCCUGUGGUCUCUUCAAUGAUGGUCUUAAGUCCGGCUGUGUGGUUUGUGGUGGUGCUGGUCAUACUGGCCUCCAUCUUGGCUGUGGCUCUCUGGUUCAUCAUUUACAAGCAACACAUUAGGAUCAGCAGAACUCCAGGUAAGAAUACCACACACUCUGAACCUCAGCAGUAGGAAACAUUUCGUUUCUGCUCAAUAAUGUUAUAAUAAAGUAUCUUUAAAACUAAAGUUUAAAAAGAAGAACAAAAGAACCAAAACUUCCAAGUACUUCACAGCAAAAGAACCAAAGUACCACAAGAACCCAUCAACAGACAGAAUUUUCCAUAAAAGCAAUUUCAAAACACAAGAAUAGUCAUUUAAAAGAUGACAACCAAAAUGGAAAGAAGGGUGGUCAGAAUAUGAUUUUCAACAUCACAAUUAAUCACUGGAUUUCAACGUGAAGUCCCAUUUUAAUGUGUUGGAAAAUCUAGCAUUUUAGUACAGUUUUAAGUCAAUUUCAUCGUUGUAACGCACCAUUUAUCAGGAUCUUGAUUUGGUUGCAAUGAAAUGUACUUUAUGAUCUUGACUCUUACAUUUGUUAUUUAAAUGAAGGCUGCACUGCCUCACCAGUGUGGCCUGAAACCUCGACCUAGAGAUGGAGGAUAGCUUCAAAGAAGUAACUCUGUCAAAUACAUCUUUUCAAAAAAAUAUAAAGCAAAAAAUACAAAGUAGAAUCAGUGUCAGCUGUCAUUUUGCUAUCCAAAGCAAAUUUUGAUACUCUAGAAUUACAUCCAGUGAUUCCUCAUUAAUACAGUGGCAUUUGCGCUUCAAGGAGUUCCAGUUUGGUUGCUUUUUCCGUUUCGUAAAGUUCCUGUGAAACCUUUGUAAGUGGUAAGGUCAAACAUGCCAACCUUAGGAGUGUCUUCUUCAUUGUUAAAUGGCCUGUAGUCAGUUGCCACCCAUUUAGCAAGUGCUGUAGUUAAUAUCUAUGAUUCAGUUUCCCACAGGUAUGUGGGGAUUUACACACUCUAAAAUAGUGCCCAAUCGGCUCUCGUGACGCAGUUACCCUCUGACAUCAGUCUACAUCGCUGCACCUGUAAGCUGGUGGGUGGUAGCUCACACUCAGAAUUUUGUGCUAUUUUAAUUCUAUCUGACCCAAAGUUGACUUGUCAACUCAGCCAUCUGUUGUUGUUGUCGUUUUUUUCAAAUGUCAAAUGUGUCAUUCGAUGUGAUGUUAUUUCCUAUCAGCAGGAAGCAGGAAAACACCGCUGUGUCCACUACAAAUACACAACAACAAAACAUGGAUUAUGUUUCCUAAUUGCAUCUCAGUUAACACAUUGAUGCUAAAAGUCUUGGAUAAUAGCAAUGAAAUAAAGUUAAUAAAAAUACUGAUUACAGCCACAAAAACAAAACGAAAAAUUAAGAAUAUUUGGGAAAUAUGAAACAACUAGGACUCUUAUAGAUAGUUUUAAUGGUGUCAUGAGGGUGAAGUGAUGUUAAAUCUUGUGGUGUCAAUCACCUUGUGUUUACUUUAGAAGUAAAGGCUGCAAGUUAGAGCUCACUAACAAUGUAUUAUCAGAUGUCAAAUACAGUAAUGGACCAGGUGAGCUUGUAUUUAUAUUUACUCCCAGAGAUAAUUAACAACCCCAAAAAUCUUCCCCUGCAGUAAAAACGUGUAGAUUCUUAUUUUCAUGCACAGUUAGCGAGGAUCUAACAUCUGAUACAAGUAAAGGGGCCAUCUGAGAGGAGUGCAGAGGAAGCAUGGUUGCAGGCGGGCAGGUGAUGAAGUGUGACAGUGAUGAACAUGACUGUAGAAACUACACAGUUUCUGUUCUCUUCUUCGCCAGCGUUCCCAAGGGUCAGCAGAGCUCUCUUACCAGCUAUUCUGGUUCAAACACACAUCCGUUAGCAAGGAAGAACCGAAUCGUAUUGACACAACUUUAAAAACAUGUAAACUGUCAAAAAGAGGCACACAGAGGCAGUAACAGCAACAUAUUAUGAAGCCUGUCUUAUUCCAGCUUUGUGCAGGAGUGUAGUCUUUUGGAGAGAGCUUGCUGAUUGAAACCUGUGAUAGUAAAAUGAGCGUAGUUUAAGUCUUGUGUAAUGCAGCUCAUGUGCUGUCUAAGCCUAGAAAUAAAAUCUCAGGAAUGUAUCAGCAGCAAGCUUUUGUGAUGACUGAGUAAAUUUUCAUUGACUAGACUGUUAUCCACGCGACACAAGUAUGUAAAAAAACAGAUUAGGUAUCAGCUCUUUUCACUGAGCCCUGUGAAACACAUCAUUGUUUCUUAAAUAAUGUGGUGUGAUACGAUUAAAGCUUCUUUUUACAUUUGUCUACAAAAUGUGCGUUCAGUCUGGUAUUGCCAGGAAAUCCUGUCUCUUUGCUCAGUCUCAUGUAACAUUUUCUUACUUAGAGAUAAGAAAAACGGUCAUACUUGCAUGCACAUACUAGUAAAUACGAUAAAACCAUGUGCACUUAACUCAACAGAGCUUCACGUGCACAUAUCAAAUAAAGCGGGGUGAUGAUCAAAUGCAAUUGAGUCUAUUUAAAUUUGCUUUUUAUUCCACAUCUUAAAUACAAAACACUGAUUUUUAAAGAUGAGAGCAGAAUAGGUACAAGAAGAAUAACUUCUGGUUCUUCACACAUAGCUGUUGUUCUAUCAGCUGGAUAUUCACAGGUAGGGGUGCACUAAAAUUAGAAAGACCUAAUAAGCAAGUUUUAAAAACGUAGUGAAUAGUGAACAAAAUUAAAAGUUAAUUUAUUUGAGGGUACAAAAUAGCUGAUGGUAUAUUACUUCUCCUGGUCUGGACUGCAAGUGAAAGCUGGUAAUGAGGAAUUGGCACGUUUACUUGAUUAACUUAGAGUUUCUGAUCUGUCCAAACAUGUGCAUUAUGUAUGUGCAUUAUUAAUAUCUAACGUAUUAGAUAUAUCAUUCUGAGUUCUCUUCUCUCUCUACAAAUCUUACAGUACCUCAAAUCAAAAUCUGUUGUAGGAGGUCCUGUAAAUUAAGAAAUUCAUCCAGUUUCGGUUUAAGCCAUCUUCGACUAUAAUGUUCAGUAACUCAUGCUUCAUUUGUGUCUCAACAGGCGCAGAGUCUCAACAGGACCCUCCUCAGAAAGCAGAACCACCUGUUGUCGUCGUUAACAACCAUGCAGAAGUCAGGGUCCCCUCCGCUUGUUCCCAUCUGUACUCGGAGGCCCAAAUAGGCUCAGGAUGGGAGGGGAAUCCCACAGAGCAGUCUGGGACGGAUGAGGGUCGGGGGCUGCCUUUAUGCAGCACACCAAAGGAGCACAGGCUCCCACUUCCUGCCACAGAGCUGGGUGGCACUGUGCUUGUUACAACUAAAACUGUGUAGGGCUUUCUGAGUGUGUGUGCAAGAUUAAGCAUGUUCCUAACAACUUUUUUUCCACUGUAUGCACUCUGCACAUUGGGCUCGGUGUGUUUAGUUUUCCCAGUUCAAUCCAUAUUUUGGAUAUCUGUAUUUUCUACCAUGUUUUUAUGGUUUUUAGAUGAUAUUUCAAUUUUACUGUAGCUGGUUUUAUAUUUCUCUUCACUGCCUCAUAAUGCAAGAGUUAUUGUGUUGAUUGGUGUCCAAUAAUGUCAUGUAAGAGUGUGUCAAGUUUUGCAUAAUUUACUGCAAAGUGUUAAAGAAGGAUAACAGAAAAACUGCUCUGAAUCUUGACCUAUAUUUCAAACAUCCUUUAUUACAACAUAAAAUUAUUGCAAAAAAUGUACGUAUGGUCUUGAAAGAUAGCAGAGUGAAGUCAACAUUCCUUCAGUCUGUGUAAGGUAUCACUGUCUUUGCAGCAGGAAAAAAAAGCUAUUUACAUGGUAAACAAUGUUAUCAAACUUUCUCAAUUGACAAGCUUCCUGCAGGUUACGUCUGAAAAUUAUCACAGACCUUUCAAAACUUGAUCAAAAUGAGCACAUUCAGCGUAAUACCUCAGUAUCUCAGUUUAGUUGAGGAAAGUGACCGUGCAGUUCCGUGAUAUAUGUCAGAAAGGACUCUUGUGCAAGUUUCCAAGGGGUUGUGACGAUAGGAGACUUAUCAAUGUCCAAAGGGCAACAGAAGGCAAGGCACAAGAGGAAAACCUACCUGACCCGUUCAUUUCCAUGUGAGACAUCUGUGUGCAAUUCAAAAUCUUAACUUUAGUGCCCUCAAGUGGUAGCAAGAAAACACUGUGUCAGCUGGUGAAUACCCUCAAAAGAAGACAAUUCAAAGAAACGCACUGUCUGGUUGUUUUCUUGUCUUUCUUGUUACAUAAAAGGAAAGUUUCACCAAAUAGAGAAAAUCUAACCGUAAUGAAACGACUUGGGCAGCAACAUAAAAAACAUAACCCCAGUUCAAAAGAGUUAGGAUGCUGUGUAAACUAUUGAUGAAAACAGAGUUUGAUGGUUUGCAAAUCAUUUACAGCCUAUAUUCAUAUGAAAAUAGUAAAAAGCUCACAAAUCAAACUUCUAACUUAAAUAUGUUACGUUUCAUAAAAAAUAUAUGUGCUCAUUUUGAUGAUGCCAGCAGCAUGUCUCCAAACAAGACAGGGAUUCAAAAACACUGAAAAAACUGAGGAGGAACAUCUCCUAACUAAAGGGGCUAAUUUACAACAGGUGAAGAAUAAGACAGUCCUGAGAGAGAGAGGCUGAGUCCUGCAGAAGUAACUAUGGUUAGAUGUUUAUCACUCUGUGAGAGACAGUGUGAGAAAAUAGUUCAGUGACAGGUCUAGGCAGAAAAUUGCAAAUUCAGAAUCUGGAGAAAUCUCUGUACAAAGAGGACAAAGCCCAAAACCAACACUCAGUGGCUAUGAUCUCACACCUCUUCAGAUAUUUGGUGCAAUAAAGGAGAACCUGGUAUCAGAUGAAAAAUGAUCAUAAACUUUUUCAUGAAACAAAAACAUCUUCCAGGUUUAACAACAUUACAUUUGUAACGUUGUAUUUUCAGUCAAACACAGGCUUUAAAUUAUUUACAAAACAUGAAAAUCUGUUUUUAUCACCAUUUUAGUCUCUCACCACGGCAAAUACUCAGAAUAAUUUAGACUUAAGUUCAUAUAAUGUUGCAGAGAAAUGGGUUUUGAAGGAAAAGAGAGAGAAGUCACUAAAGAGGAUCAUGGGGCCAACUUUCUCCCUUCAUGUUUGGCGCCCUCUGUGGCCAAAAUAGAGACCACUCCUUUUUUUUUUUUUUUUUUGCAGUCCAGUACAUGUGUUAGUUCUUCUUUCUUUUCAAAGUCAUCUGUAUCACCUUUGUAAAUAUCAGCCAUGGGAAAAAGUACUGAAUGUGUGACUACAUCAUGCUAUAAAUUUCCUUGUCUGAUAA